UAGAAUGUAUAUUAGAUUACACAAAAUGUUGAAAGUACUCAGUUAUUUUUCUUUAAAAGAAUGGAAGUUUAAAAAUGAAAGAUGGACAGAAGCACUCAGUAAAUUACAAAAAGAAGAUCAAGAAUUAUUCUAUUGCGAUAUAAAAGACGUCUUUUGGGAUAACUAUUUUAGAACUUUUCUAUUAGGUGUAAGAUUAUAUCUCUUAAAGGAUCCCAUGGAAACUGUACCAAAAGCUCGUAAAAAGUGGAGAAGGCUAUACUGGAUUCAUCAGACAGUUAAAUAUUUAUUUGCUAGUAUUUUUAUCACGAUUGUAUGUAUAUUGAUUUAUAAAUUAAUUAUCACGUUUGCGUAUGUCUAAAAAUAAAAUUUUUCAUCGGCAUAUUGGGACACGGAGCAAGAAGUGUUUUUUUUAUUAGAAAAAAGUUUUAAUUAAACACCUUUUCCUACUUUAUGAAUCUUUAAUAAUAAAUACAGAGGUCUUAAGUAUUACAUUUUAAGAAAUGCAUGUUGUAAAUUGGAAGUUCCUAC